AUGCUCAGACACGCCCGUCUCUCCGCCACCAUCUCCGGGGCGUCUCGUAAUUCUACUCGCAACCUCUCCACCACCAUGGCCAGGAAGAACGCUCCCAAGUCCGACAAGCCGCUCUACGCGAGCCAGGGCUCCAUCUCUCACCUCCCCGUCCCCCGCCUCGCCUCGACUCUGUCCAAGUACCUCGAGUCUGUCCUCCCCCUCUCCGACCGUGAGCAGUACGCCAGCUCUGCAAAGGCCGUGCGCGAGUUUGCAAACAGCGACUUUUCCCGCGUCCUCCAGGGCCGCCUUGAGCAGCGUGCCGCCGAGAAGGACAACUGGAUCUCGGAGUGGUGGAACGAGGCCGCCUACUUUGGCUACCGUGGUCGCCUGAUUCCCAACGUCUCGUACUUCUACAUCCACAAGAAGGGGAUCGGCAAGGGCGCGAGCCAGACUGAGCGCGCUGCUCAGCUCACUCGCGCUGUCGUCGAGUUCAAGAAGCUCGUUGACAGCGAGAAGCUCGAGCCUGAGGCCGUUAAGGGCAAGCCCCUCUGCAUGGCAUCGUACAAGUACCUCUUCAACGCCGUCCGUGUGCCAACCUCGCCUGCCGAUGUGCCCCUCGCCUACCCCAAGGAGCUCAACCACAUUGUUGUCCUCCGCAACAACCGGUACUUCAAGCUCGAUGUCGGCGGCCGCUCGGCUUCCGAGAUCGCCAAGGCGAUGGACGACAUCAAGAAGGUUGCCGACCAGGCCGAGGGCUCCUACAUUGGUGCGCUGACCGCCGACGACCGUGACGUCUGGUGCGAGGCCCGCCGCCACCUCCUUUCGAUCUCCAAAACCAACACCGACUCGAUCCAGACCAUCGACUCGGCCAUCCUCCUCUUCGCGCUCGACGACGCCCCCAGCCCCACCAACGACACUGAACGUGCAUGGUCGUACUGGGCCGGCGGCCUCACUCCCAGCGAGAAGGGCAAGGGCCGUAACCGCUGGUUCGACAAGCACGAGUUUAUUGUCGAUGAGGCUGGCGAGGCCGGCUUCAACGGCGAGCACUCUAUGCUUGACGGCACCCCUACUCUUCGUCUCAACGAGUUUGUCCUCGCGUCGCUCGACAAGGGCGUUAUCCCUCUCGAGCUCCCCGCGGCUGAGCAGGCCAAGGGCGAGAUCCAGUGGUCUGAGAUCAAGUUUGACCUCGACGCCAAGAUGGAGGACAUUAUCGAGAAGUCGCGCAAGGGCUUUGCCGAGGAGAUUGGCAAGCAGGACCUCCGCAUGACCGUCUACACCGGCUACGGCAAGGCUUCGAUCAAGCCGUUCAAGGUGUCGCCCGACGCUUGGGCCCAGAUGGUCAAGCAGCUCGCCUACUACAAGCUCCACAAGACUCCGGCCGUGUGCUACGAGUCGUGCCAGACCCGCAAGUUCCUCCUCGGCCGUACCGAGGUCAUCCGUACCGUCUCGUCCGAGUCGCGCGCCUUUGUCGAGGCCAUGAACGACCCCAAGGCGACCGACGCCGAGCGCGAGAAGCGCUUCCGCGCCGCCGCCACCCGCCACGGCCAGUACACUGCGUGGGCUGCCGACGCGCAGGGUGUCGACCGCCACCUCUUCGGUCUCAAGAAGGAGAUUCGCGAGAACGAGGAGGUCCCCGCCAUCUUCAGCGACCCCAACUUUGCCAAGUCGAGCCACUGGUCCCUGUCGACGUCCCAGCUCACGUCCAAGUACCUCGACGGCUGGGGCUACGGUGAGGUUGUUCCCGACGGCUACGGUUUGUCGUACGCCAUCCACGACGACAAGCUCUGCUGGGGUAUUACGACUCUGAACGGUGACGCCAAGGAGAUGGAGGCGGCCCUGCACGAGUCGGCGGCUGAGCUCAAGGCCAUGAUGGACCGCGCAGCCAACAAGCCCAAGCUCUGA